AUGCGCAAAGCGGCAAACGCGCUCCGUCGCACAUUGUCGCGAAUUCAAAUUGCGACCAAAACAGGCAUCGAACUCGCCAGAGUUUAUAAAGAGCAAAAUGAAGCUCGAAAAACCAUCAACUCGAAAAUCAUGAAGGUUUGUGUGCUGUUCGCCGCUCUCAUCUCAACCGCAAUCGGGCAAACGCUCACCUGUAGAACACAAACAAUGCCGUCUCUUAAUGGCCAAUGCCCAACAGGAAUGACGAUUGUUUCCGACGGCGAUUGCUGCAACGACGGCGAUGUUCAAACUCAAACUCCAACGCCGGUGUGCGAGGACAAGGUGAACCCGAACACCGGAGUGUCCGACUGUCCAGCCAACGCCAAUUUGUGCAACGACAGCAGAUAUCGAAGCUUCAUGCGAACCGAGUGCCCGAAGACGUGCAAAUGCUGCUCGAGCGACAAUGGCAACACGAAUUGUGUGGAUAAGGUGAACGCGAGAACUGGAAUCUCCGAAUGCCCGCAGAACGCCAAUCUUUGUAGGCAUUCUGGAUAUGUCGAUUUCAUGAGAAACGAGUGCCCGAAAACGUGCGGUUAUUGCUAA